UAGUUAGUGAAUAGGCAAUCGAACGGCUCAGAUUGCUAAAGAAGAAUACAAUUUCUUAACCUUGCUCGCGUGGUUCUAGAACCCUAGAACAGCAGAGAAGAGAAGAAGACGGAAGAGCAGCGAAGAAAAAAGCCAAAAGAUGGACAAAAGCAUGCUCGGCGAUCUGGAUAACCUUCCAGAGGAGGACAAAGUCCGAAUGUCAACGAUGAUUGAUCAGCUCCAGAUCCGUGACAGCUUGAGAAUGUACAAUUCACUUGUGGAGAGAUGUUUUAAUGACUGUGUGGACAGUUUUCGUCGCAAAACUCUCGACAAGCAAGAAGAAACUUGUGUUCGCCGAUGCGCUGAGAAAUUUUUGAAGCAUUCCAUGAGGGUUGGAAUGAGAUUUGCUGAACUCAAUCAGGGAGCUGCAACACAAGAUUAAAUAUAAUUGCAUCUUGAAUGAUUGGGUCUGUUAUUUUUGCUGAAUCUAUUCUGCUUGGACACAUUAAUGGUUCAUUUGUAGCAACUUUGUGUUAUUAUGAGGGCUUCUUCUUUGGUUUAGAAGAAAGGAAUUAUAUUUUUUUAUGGAUGAAUGUCAUAGUUAUUGAAAUUUUGUCUUUGAAUAUCUCAAAGAAAUUUCUGAAUGAUUUCGUUCACUCUUUUCCA